AGCAGAAAGCCUGCCCUGAGGAGGCAGCAUCGAAGAGCCCGUAAUCUGGAUCACACAACAAUAAUGAAUGGAAACGCACCGUAGCCAAGAAAGCACAGCAACCUAGUAGGCGAACUAUUUGAAGGGAUUAUGCUGUUUUAUUGAAAGAGGAAUUCACAGCAAGAAAUGGAUUGGCCGGGUAAAUCAGAGACCAUUCUUUGGAACAGAAAGCAAUUGUACAGUACUUGUUACCUUUGAAAGUUGGAAUUAGAGUACAAUUUGAUAUACUGUAGCAAAUAGCGAACACAUUAAAAGCAGUUAUGAUACAUUAUGAUACCCUUGAGGUGUCAUUUUUUUUAUUCCUAGUGGAACUUUUGAAUCGGGAGUGUUUGGAUUAAAACUUCAGUCAGUUUGGAUGUAAAAGGGAUUCGACUUCUGAUAUCUUCGGCGGAACUUUGAAAGAAGAUCCCUGGACUUUUAUUUCAUUUCAUAAGAGGGUCUGGUUAUCAUUGGCAACAUGGGAAACAUAGAGAGUGUGGAUGGACAGUCGUCGGAGAUGAAGCAUCAUAUAAUGCCACUCAAAGUGCCUAUGCCCGACCAAACGGAGUUGGAGGAGAGAUUUGCUAUAGUUUUGAAUUCCAUGAACUUGCCCCCUGACAAAGCCAGGCUCCUUCGACAGUACGACAACGAGAAGAAGUGGGACCUCAUCUGUGACCAGGAGAGGUUCCAGGUGAAGAACCCGCCUCACACCUACAUCCAGAAGCUGCGAGGGUAUCUAGACCCUGGUGUCACACGCAAGAAGUUCCGCAGGCGGGUCCAGGAAUCCACGAAAGUCCUGAGAGAGCUGGAGAUCUCUCUGAGGACGAACCACAUUGGGUGGGUCAGGGAGUUCCUCAACGAUGAGAACCGAGGGCUGGACAUUCUGGUCGAGUACCUCUCCUUUGCCCAGUGUGCAGUCAUGUUGGAUUUUGAGGGGCUGGAGACCGGAGAGGAGGGCUCUCUGGACAAGACGAAGUCCUGGAGCAGGUCCAUCGAGGAUCUGCACCAGAGCGUGACCCAGCCCUUCUGCAACACGCUGGUGCGCUCUGCGCGCCAGUCUGUCCUUCGCUACGGCAACAACACAGCAACAAACAGCAAAACCAUCAAGAACUCCCGGCUGGUCAGUCAGAAGGAUGACGUGCAUGUGUGCAUCAUGUGUUUAAGAGCAAUCAUGAACUAUCAGUAUGGCUUCAACAUGGUCAUGUCACACGCACACGGGGUCAACGAGAUUGCGCUCAGCUUGAACAACAAGAACUCACGGACAAAAGCCCUGGUCCUGGAGCUUCUAGCUGCUGUGUGUCUAGUCAGAGGAGGUCACGAGAUCAUCCUUUCAGCGUUUGACAACUUCAAAGAGGUGUGCAAAGAGAAGCAUCGCUUUGAGAAGCUGAUGGACUACUUCCGGUGUGAGGAUGGAAACAUUGACUUCAUGGUUGCUUGCAUGCAGUUCAUCAACAUCGUCGUACACUCGGUAGAAGACAUGAACUUCAGGGUUCACCUGCAAUAUGAGUUUACCAAGCUGGGACUGGAUGACUACCUGGAGAAAUCCAAACACACAGAGAGCGAUAAGCUGUCCGUGCAGAUCCAGGCCUAUCUGGACAAUGUGUUUGACGUGGGCGGGCUCCUGGAGGAUGCAGAGACUAAGAAUGUGGCCCUGGAGAAGGUGGAUGAACUGGAGGAGCACCUAUCCCACGUGACGGAGAAGCUCCUGGACGUGGAGAACGAGACGGUGAUGAAGGUGGCCGACCUGGAGAAGCUGCUGCUUCAGAAGGACAAGGACCUGCAGAUCAUCAGGGAGACGUACGAGUCCACCAACACCCAGGUCAACACCCUGCGCAGGGUGAUCAAGGAGAAGGACGCCGCCUACCAGAGGCACUUCAACAUCGAGAAGCGCCUGCUGGAGCUGGAGCAGCAGGGGACCAUCCGCCUCCGCAAGAAGCCCGACGGGGACAUCGCCAUCGAGCCCCUGGUGGGGGGCGGAGGGGGGGGCAGUGGCCCUGGGGUUCCCCCGGGGGAUGUCGGGCACUUUUCGUUCGGGGCCGCGGCCGGUCUGACUGGUCCGGUCGGACCAGGGGGGCCUGAGGCCGGCCUUCCCUCAGCCACGGAGGCCCCUCCACCCCCACCACCUCCACCUCCUCCCCCUCCGCCUCUCCCCUCAGCUUCAGGAGAGAAUGCACCGAUGCCCCCACCACCACCUCCUCUGGCCCCACCCUUACCAGGAACCUCACCCUCUGUCAUCCUCAGCUUGGGCCUGUCUGUUAUCAGGAUCAAGAAGCCAAUCAAGACCAAGUUCCGUCUGCCUGUGUUCAACUGGACCGCUCUGAAACCCAACCAGAUCAACGGCACUGUCUUCCAUGAGAUUGAUGAUGAGCGCGUACUAGAGGAGCUGGACCUGGAGAAGUUUGAAGAGCUGUUCAAGACCAGAGCCCAGGGUCCCAUAGUGGACUUUACCUGCACUAAGAGCAAGGUGUCCCAGAAGGCUGUCAACAAGAUCAACCUGCUGGACGCCAACCGCUCCAAAAACCUGGCCAUCACGCUCCGCAAAGCCCACAAGAGCACGGAGGAGAUCUGCAAAGCCAUCGAGAAGUUCGACUUGAAGGCCCUGCCGGUGGACUUCAUGGAGUGCCUGAUGCGUUUCCUGCCCACGGAGACGGAGACCAAGAUGAUGCGUCAGUACGAGCGGGAGCGCCGCCCCGUGGACCAGCUGGCCGAGGAGGACCGCUUCAUGCUGCACUUCAGCAAGAUCGAGAGGCUCACCCAGCGCAUGAACAUCAUCACCUUCGUGGGAAACUUCUCGGACAGCGUCAACAUGCUCACCCCCCAGCUCAACGCCAUCAUCGCCGCGUCCGCCUCCGUCAAGUCCUCGCCAAAGCUGAAGAGAAUGCUCGAGAUCAUCUUAGCUUUGGGAAACUACAUGAACAGCAGCAAGAGAGGCUCCGUGUAUGGGUUCAAACUGCAGAGUCUCGACCUGCUGCUGGACACCAAGUCGACGGACAGGAAGAUGACUCUGCUCCACUACAUCGCUCUCACGGUGAAGGAGAAAUACCCCGAGCUCACCAACUUUUUCAACGAGCUGCAUUUCGUGGACAAAGCUGCAGCAGUGUCAUUGGAGAACGUGUUGCUGGACGUGCGGGAGCUCGGGAAGGGCAUGGACCUGAUCAGGCGAGAGUGCAGUCUCCAUGACCACUCGGUCCUCAAGGGCUUCCUCCAGACCAGUGACACCCAGCUGGACAAGGUGCAGAAGGACGCCAAGAUGGCCGAGGAGGCCUUUAACAACGUGGUGAACUACUUUGGGGAGAGUUCCAAGACAACCCCUCCCUCUGUGUUCUUCCCCGUGUUUGUGCGCUUCAUCAAGGCCUACAAGGACGCAGUGGAGGACAAUGACCAGAGGAAGAGGCAGGAGGAAGCCAUGCGGGAGAAGCUACUGGCACAAGAGGCCAAACAGCAGGACCCCAAGGUCCAGGCCCACAAGAAGAGACAGCAGCAGAACGAGCUCAUCGCCGAGCUGCGUAAGAGACAGGCCAAGGACCACCGGCCGGUGUACGAGGGCAAGGACGGCACCAUCGAGGACAUCAUCACAGGAAGGACCCUCAGAGGUAGUAUAGUUCCAGGUCUUUCUACUAUCCAUUGUUCCUACUCCUCAGGUCACCUCCAUUGUCACACCCCCAUUUAUGUGUUGCAUGUUGUUCAGUGUCAAUCCCCCUCUCACCUGUCAACAGUGUCUGCCAUGUUGUGUCCUUGCUAACUGUGUUUUGCGGUGUGCCAAACAGAUCUGUGGUCGACAAGCUUCUCGGGGUUACAUGUAGAGAAAAAUCAACAUGUUUACUCAUAAAUAAUAAUAGUAUUAUUAUCACAGCCAACAUUUGAGAUUGUUAGGUGGGUGUUAGCCACUCUCUAGCACAGAACCUCCAAGAGCUUGUUGUCUGCCAUGACUGUAUUCUUAUCAAACUGUUGAAUGUUGUGUUGCUACUGUGUCUGUUGUCACAAUUACUAAAAUCCAAAAGCCUUAGAUUCCAUUUUCAGUAGUGCCAUUCUUCCACAUUUUGGUAUUGAAAUUCAAAGCCAUAGGAUGUAGUCAUUCUCUGGAUGAUUUCUUCAAUUUAUUCCAAUUCGUAUUUUUGAAGAUACAAGUGACAAAAUCUCUUUGCACAUAGUCAUACACCAUUCUUGCACCCUCACAGAAAAUGACCAAAUAAAUUUGUUUGUUGUUACCAAUUAAUGUAGUCCCAAACCUGAGAUUGACUCCAUUAUGGGACCAGAGGGUGAUCCCCCUGUUAACGUGUGUCCUCCCUGUGUCUCACCCCUCUCUCCCUCACCCACUCACAGAUCUCCGCAACCAGCCUUUCCUGCGAGCCGACGCCCUGAUCCGGAGCGGCUGGAAGAGACCCUAAACCACUUGUUUCUACCCUCUAAACCCCCCUACCCAUGUUGUAACCCCCUCCGUGGUCCCACCCACCCCUGAGGCUGCAGCUCACAAAGACUGAGAAGGGCACAGGAGUGAACCAAUGACCCUUAUCUCACAGGGGUAUUUAUUUAUUUAUGGAGAUCCUUAAUUGAGAUUCUUAAGGAGCAGGUGUACUAGUAAAAGCACAGACAUCAGGUGGGCUACUCUCCUCUUAUUGAAAACACUCUGACACAAACACACACACACUCAGAGUUGAAGAUGGAAACGGCAGUGUGUCUGCGCUGCAAGCGAGAAUUGGCAGAGAUCUAAGAGAGCUGUGCCAAAGACAGGCUGAUCUCCCCAGACUUCUGGACACUACGGACACACGUGCCUUCCAAAGCGGAUCUUCACUCCAUCAUCAUGCCUUUCCAAACAUUGUGCAAUCCUAGGAAGAUAGAGACUGCGAGGCCAAGCACACAGCGUGUCUCCUUAGUUCUGGAAAGGCUGUUUCACAGGAUCCUCGGCUUGCCUUCACAAGACAUCCUAUCACAGGUUUUUAGAAAACAUAUUAUCCUGAGUGUUGGAAGCAAUUUACUGGACAUACCUAGACUGAAUUAUGUGCCAUGUUUCAGUAGAGCCUACUUUGGUCAUUAUCUUUCAUCUAGGAGAAAGCUCAUUCACUUAAGUCAUUGAUUUUUGUUUUGUUUCUUAAGACAAGCUAGCCAAGCCAAACUUCCUCUUGUGUCUUUCUUACUUUGCUAAAGAAGUGCCUUUUGUGUAGACAGUAUUAUUGUUUUGUGAAUCAGCCAUACUUUGUAUCCUUGAAGUCUUUUGGUUCAAGAUUGUAUGUUUAAUUGCCUUGUAUUAUAAAGUUUCUGCUGAAUACUGUAAAGUUAAUAUGCAAUGGAUAAGAGUUAAACCCCUGAAACAAUAACUUAAAAGGAUUCAAUUCAGUUCAGUUUUUAAUUAAUCUCAUGUCUUUCCUAAAUUCUUCUGAGUUUUUGACAUUCCUUUGUGGAUACCUCUCAGUUACCUCCUGGGAUUUUGACUCACACUUAAUCAAACCCAAGGCCACAACACCUUGGGAAAGAGCUCUGUUUAUGAAGAAGAAAAAAUAACUGUCAAGUUGGUCUUAACGAUGUGUACCUGACAACACUUUCUGUCCCCCUGUUGGUGACACAUAGGAAGUGACUAACAAACUGAAUGAAGAUGAUUCUAUAAUGACUGUUACGUUUACAAGUUCCAGACGAUAAACUUACCUGAAAGAGGAGGUAUGCGUGCCUAUUCAGAGUCCAAACAUGUUUUUAAAGCUUUCUGUCUUUCAGGGUUAUAAAAAUGACAUUUCCGUUUUUAAUAGCCAUCGAGGAAGCAAAAUGAUUGUGCACUCUAAGACUUACAAUCUGUGUGUAUCCAUAUGGCAUUUCCGGUAAAGGGACAGACCAUAUUACACUACUUACAAUGCCUUAACUUUGAAUGAGAUACUUUUACGGUGGACAUUCUGAUCAUGUUAAUGUACAUUUCAUGCAAAUCAUUGACUCCAAGCCUUUUGUUGUUUGUUUUUUUAAGAAUGCAAUUGUGCCUCUUCUUACUUGUUGUAUGUCGUCUAAAAGAUCAUUUCCACCCCACCUCCUCCAUAAUAAACAGAGUAUGUGACAUACAAAUUA